AUACGUAAUAUAUGGACCUCUUUGGGCCACGAUAUAAUUAGGCAUCCGUAUGAAUGUGAGAGAAAAUUACGUGAGAGAAAGGCCCACAUAGUCCCCAUCCAAUUCUUUCUCAAUAUUUGCACCGUACAAUUCUACCAAUUUAUUUGUGGCUUUUUCUUUUAUUUUUGGACAUUUGAAAUUGGAAUAUGAGAGAAGGACCAAGGUGGGCCACUGGUUCACAGGGGUCCCUUGAACCGCCCCAUGUUCAAGUGGACGAGCUUGGGCUCCAAUGCCGCCCACAAUCUUCUUGGCACUUUUCCCCCUCCUCUGGCAGUGGAGGGGAUGACAUCACUUUUCAGCUCCGUCCACCAACUGCUCAGAACUUUGUAAAAUCCGCAGCAAAGAGCAUCUUUGGACCACCCCUUGGCCACAGCGCCUCUCUCCGUGGGUCGGAUAUCCAGCGGUCCUUCAUGGAGGCCGAGGAGCUUAUCUGGUCCUCUAGUUUUUGGUGGGCCACUGUCCGCCCACCAGUCCAUCCCACUGCCAAUCCUGGUCCCACAUAUGAGGCCGAGUCUUCAUCUUCACAAGCUCACCACAAGUGGGUCCAAAACUCCACCCCUUCCCAAGGCUUAGAAGAGUCCGCUAGCCAAGUCAUGGGGUUCGUCGGAGACGAGCCUCCCACUGGACAGGAUACGGCCUCUGCUGAUCUGCCUUACCCUUAUGCACGGGAGGCCCAUCUCUUCAUAGGGUACACGGCCUCGGACGGACGGGACUUCCAAUGCCGUCUCUUCGAGAUGGAUCAGUUCCGGAAGGACCAUCCGGAUGUGGCCGAAAGUCUGACUUGGCCUUUCAUGCUGGAGGAGUACACUCGCAUGUCCGAGUACGUCACUACCUCCGCCACCCUGCACAAUGCCCUCCGCCUCUUGGAUUGCAAUGCCGCUUUGUCCUGGGAGUUGGGCAAUUUCUGGUCCCGGUAUUCGAUUUGUGUUGAGCGCCCAGAGUACGAUCGGGUCUUGUCCGAGAAUGACCGGGUCUCUUCCGAGAACGAGCGCCUUACGACCAAAAACAAGCAGCUAUUACUAAGGCGAGCCAUGGAUGUGGAGGAGAUGAAGACGGUGAGGAAGGUUGCGGUCCAGUAGUGGUUGGAGCGCGAACGGUUGAUCCGAGAAGAGGCUGAACUCCAUCGACGGCAAGCAGAAGAGGAGCUGGAGCAAAGAUGGCAGAGGAGGCGGUAAGGAAGGCGGCGAAAGAGGCCGAGCAGAUAUGGCGCCUUCAUUCCGAGGAGGUGGAGCGUCAACUCCCCCAUCAAGUGGAAGAGCUUAACUUAGCUCUUACCGAGGAUAGACGUUCUGCCCGUAGCUCGCUUGAGGAGGCUCGCCGUUACCUUGAGACCAAGCGCCUUACUUAUGAGGGGCAUAUGGCUCGAAUGGAGGCAGAGCGCAUCUCAGAUUGGCCAAGGUUUUUAUCGUGGCGGGCUAUCAGUUCAAAAUGAAUUCUAUACUGGAAU